UCGUUCACACACAGUAGGACAUGCGUGCAUCAAGCCGGGUGGUGAGGCGAUACAGGAUCAACAACCCUAUUGUUAAGUAGUUGCAACCUCACAAACGACACUAUGGAGGCGGUUAAAGCAUUUAACGGCGAGCUGUACUCUCUGAAUGAAUACAAGCCUCCGAUCUCCAAAGCCAAGAUGACCCAGAUCACAAAGUCUGCAAUUAAAGCUAUAAAGUUUUACAAGCAUGUGGUCCAAAGUGUGGAGAAGUUCAUUCAGAAGUGUAAGCCUGAAUACAAGGUGCCGGGGCUGUACGUUAUUGACUCCAUUGUGCGCCAAUCACGUCACCAGUUUGGACAAGAGAAAGAUGUGUUCGCGCCCCGCUUCAGCAAGAACAUCAUUGGUACCUUCCAGAACCUCUACCGGUGCCCCUCUGAUGACAAAAGUAAGAUUGUAAGAGUUCUCAACCUGUGGCAGAAAAACAAUGUCUUCAAAAGUGACAUCAUUCAACCGUUACUGGACAUGGCAGCAGGUUUGCCACCCCCUAGUGUCACACCAGUCACUGCAAGCAGCGCAGGCCCUGUUAAUAAUGCCACUCCAGGCACUCCUGCAACUCCAGCUACUCCUGCCAACAUAGUGCAGAGUUUACCGGACUGGGCUUCACAGAUCUCUAACACUGAUACAGUGGCUGCUGUUGCACAGAUUCUGCAGAGUCCACAGGGCCAGCAGUUGCAGCAGUUGGUGCAGAGUCUGCAGAUGCAGCAGCAGAAGGCGCAGCCCUCUCUACUGCAGGCGCUGGAUGCAGGGUUGGUGGUGCAGUUACAGGCUCUGACCGCCCAACUCACAGCGGCCGCGGCAGCCAACACGUUGAACCCGCUGGAGCAGAGAGUGUCCUCAUUUAAUAAGAAACUACUGGGUCAGUUUGAUUUUGGAAGUGAGUCAGAAUGCACUGAGGAUUCCAAAAAGGACACAGCAUCAUCGCAGUUGCCAGUGGUUUCUGAGCCCAUGAACAGCUCCAUUUUCCAUCAGCUGGCUGAGCAGCUGCAGCAACAGAACCUUGAACAGUUCCAGAAACAACUAUUGGAACACCAACAACAUCAGCAGAAGACCUUGACCUUGGAGGGCCAAGACACCAUCUUUGGUUCAGAAAACUGUGCCACUCCCUCUCAAGGCAACACCCAACAACAGCUUCAGGAACAAGAGACAAAGCUGGAUGAUUCCAUUGACAACCAGCAGCAGGACAUGGAGCUGGAUGAAGGACAGGACACAGUGGAUGAGGAGAUCUUUGAGACAGAGGAGAGGAAGACCAGUGGGACUCGCUCAAAAACGCGUUCCAGGUCUCGUUCCAGGUCACCACGCAGAAAGAGAUCUAGAUCACGGUCAGGCUCACGCAAGCGUAAACACCGGAAACGCUCACGGUCACGCUCCAGGGAGAGAAAGCGGAAGUCUUCGCGCUCUUACUCCAGUGAGCGACGUGCGAGGGAGAGGGAAAAGGAGCGGCAGAAGAAAGGCCUCCCUCCCAUCCGCUCCAAAACUUUGAGUGUGUGUAGCACUACUCUGUGGGUGGGACAAGUAGACAAGAAGGCUACACAGCAAGAUCUCACAAACCUGUUUGAAGAAUUUGGCCAGAUUGAAUCCAUCAAUAUGAUUCCUCCCAGGGGCUGUGCCUAUAUCUGCAUGGUACACAGACAGGACGCCUUCCGCGCACGUCAGAAGCUUAGCACUGGUUCCUAUAAGAUUGGCUCCAAGGUUAUCAAGAUUGCCUGGGCUUUGAAUAAAGGUGUGAAGCAGGAAUAUAAACAAUUUUGGGAUGUGGACCUUGGCGUCACCUACAUCCCCUGGGAGAAGGUCAAACUGGAUGAUCUUGAUGGUUUUGCAGAGGGAGGCAUGAUUGACCAGGAAACUGUCAAUAGUGCUUGGGAUGCUCAGCGCAAUGCAGAGUUAGCGAAGGAGACACAGGUGCAGGCCGUAACCACUGAGGCCAGUGCAGUCAGUAACCCACCGAGCGAGACCUUCCCUCAGCCCGUUACAAUGAUGCCGGUACAGAUUCCCGUGGCUCAGACUGUCCCCACUCUGGGUAUCGUGCCGCCCUCUUUUCCUGUUACUAUGGCGAUGCCUCCUCCAGGUUUUGGCCCACCUCCCCCUUUCCUUAGGACUGGGUUCAAUACUUCUCAGCCUCCCCCAGCUCUAGUACAGCCCUCCAUGUCAACGACCCAAGACAACACCAAGGAAUCUCCCUUUGGAGCCAUGAUCCCUCCAUCCAACACUAUUCCUGGAAGCUUCAUACCCUCUGCCAUUCCCGGGGCAGGAGUCUUCAAUCCUGUGGGAGCUCAACCUGAACAGACCCAAGUGGACAAAUCUGUGCAGUCUGCAGAGAACAUGGAGACCACAACAGAACUAACACUACAGGGAAUGCAGAAUGCAGUGCGCAGUGGUAUGGGCUUACUGGGCAUGCACCCAUCUGCUUCACUUUCUCACCCACUGUCUGGCCAGAGGAUGCCUGGCUUACUCCCUAUGGACCUACGGCCCAACCUCCUUCAGGGAACCAGUGCCCGUUUCCCGCUCCUUAUGCAGCCCAGCUUGGCCCACCAGGCCAACACCCUACUGGAUGCCUCACUCCAAGCUCAGGCUCGUGCUCGAGCUCCCUUUCCCCAAAUGGAGUCCUUUAACCGAGCAGAGGGUACUUUCGCAAGGGCCUUGAACCCUUCAGCUGCUGGUGCUGAGAAUCCAGCCAAAUCUAAAGAGGGAAAUUCCUCAAGGCAAGAAACUGACACUCAACAGGAAGGGGAUCAGGACUACCGAUUCCCACCACCAGAGAAGCAAAGCACAGGCCUGUUGAAGACUCCUCCGUUAGAAAUGCGCACUGAUCCUGCCCCUGUUAGACCCCCUCUUCUGGAGAGACCACCCAGGCUUCCCAUGCAGGGAGAGGGUAGAGAGGGGUCGGGCAGAAGGGAGCCCCUGGCAGGAAGCUUUCGAGCAGAGAGCCGCUGGGGCCCUCCCAGGGGUGACUUUGAUGAACGAGAUGUUAGAGGAAUGUCUGCGGGAAACCCAAAGGGCUUUCAAGAGGAACGGCCCAACCCUAACUUCUCAAAUCGCUUUGAAAUGCGUGGUGGAGCAGCAUCGGGAACUGGAGGCCCUGCUUGGAACCGUGGAGGAGGACCUCCCUUCAAUGCUAACAUGCACCAGGACUUUGAUGACCGGAGGCGGCCUUGGGAGAGACAAAAAGAUCGUGAUGACAGGGAUUUUGACUUCCGACGAGGAAUGAAUGGCAGUCGUUGCAGUCGGGAACGGGACAGGGAACGAGAACAAGAUCGAGAACGUGGUCGAGAACGUAACCGGGACAGGGAGAGGGACAGGGACAGAGAGCGUGACAGGGAGAGAGAUCGGGAUCGGGAGAACGAAAGGGAAAAUGACAGAGAGAGAGAGCGCAGUAAGGUCUGGACCCCCCUGACUCCUCAGCCUCAAGCCCAGGCCCAUCCACAGCCCCUCCUCACCCAAAAUCAGCCCUCUCAGAUCCAAUCUCAGCCUCUGCUCCCUCUGCCUCAUCUUCCUCUUCCUCUGGCUCCACCACAGCCUCAGCCUAAAGGCCAACCACAACCUGAAGCCCAAGCCCAACCUGAAUCGCAGUCUCAGUCACAUUCUUCCAGUGUUCCUGAGGAAACAACAACCAGCCAGACGAAAUCUCUACGGGCCAGUGACAAGGAGACAGACUCUGUGACCACACCUGAGCCCACCACAGACUCCACUGAAUCUGUGCCAGAGCCCUUAGUAGAGGCCUCUUGCACCACCUCUAAAUCUCCUACACCAACGUGCAUCCCAUCUGAGCCCCCAAAUGAAAUGGACGCCCCGGAAAAACCUGCCUCCCCUUCUGCGGAUGUAGACAAUGUGCAGAGUGAGCGGAAGGCUCAUGCUGAGAAUCAGCCUGAGCUAGAGAAAACAGACACUGAGGGGACAUAGCCAUCACCCAGUAGGUAAAGAUAAUUUUGUAAAGUUGUCAUCUCUGUACUCAUUUCAGUGGCCCACACAGGACCCCCUAGCAAUUCACUCUAUUGUCUGACACCGUAACAAAUGAUUUUUACCUUGCAAUCUAAUGGUGUACAUCGUAGACAGCUGGCGUAGAGGAAUUCAGUGGAAGGUGGUAUUUUAAUACUUAAUUUUAUUUCUUUA